GCUUCCUGCAUUUGGGUGGCCUUCGCACUGCUUUGUACAAUUACAUUUUUGCCAAAAAACACCAAGGCACAUUCAUUUUGAGAUUGGAGGAUACAGAUCAAAGUCGAGUGGUGCCAGGAGCUGCAGAAGGAAUAGAAGAUAUGCUGGACUGGGCAGGCAUUGCCCCUGAUGAGAGCCCUCGCCGUGGUGGUCCCUGUGGGCCCUACCAGCAGUCCCACAGGCUGGAGCUCUACAGGAGGGCCAGCGAGGAGCUGCUGGCGCGAGGCGCGGCCUACCGCUGCUUCUGCACCCCCCAGCGCCUGGAGCUGCUCAGGAAGGAGGCCCUGCGGAGCCAGCAGACCCCACGGUACGACAACCGGUGCCGGCACCUGGGGCCCGCGGCCGUGGCCGAGAAGCUGUCGCGGGGCCUCCCCUGGGUCGUGCGCUUCCGGCUGGAGCGGGGCCUGGAGCCCUUCCAGGACCUGGUCUAUGGCUGGCACAAGCACGAGGUGGCUGACGUGGAGGGCGACCCGGUGAUUCUCAAGGGGGAUGGCUUCCCCACCUACCACCUGGCAAACGUGGUGGACGACCAUUACAUGGGCGUCAGCCACGUGCUGCGCGGCACCGAGUGGCUGGCCUCCACGUCCCAGCACCUCCUGCUCUACAAAGCCUUCGGCUGGGACCCCCCUCAGUUUGGUCACCUCCCACUGCUUCUGAACAAGGACGGUGGCAAGCUGUCCAAGAGGCAGGGGGACAUCUUUCUGGAGCGCUUCGCUCAGGAUGGGUACUUGCCAGAGGCCCUCCUGGACAUCAUCACCAACUGUGGCUCCGGAUUCACAGAGAAACAGAUGGGGAGGACUUUGGAGGAGCUGGUCUCACAGUUUGAAAUGGGCAGAAUUACCACCCACUCUGCCCUCCUGGACCUUGAAAAGCUUCCAGAAUUCAACCGGAUUCACCUCACCCGUCACAUUGAGGAUGAAGGGCUGCGGCAGAAGCUGGUCAGAGAGCUGCAGCUGCUGGUGGAGCACGUCUAUGGGGACCAACAAGUGGAUCAAGAGGUUCUGGAAAAGGAGUACGUGGAGCAAGUCCUCCUGCUGAGAAAAGGUCACAUAAGCUUCCUGAAGGAUCUGGUGUCCUGUGAUUAUUCAUACCUGUGGGUUAGGCCCUCGGUGUCCCGAGAGCAGCUACAAACUAUUUCUGCAGAAGCAGAUGAAAUAGGAAAACUAGUCCUAGGGCUCAUGACAAGACAGACAGCUGUUUUGACUGUGGAAGAGUUGAACAAAGACCUGAGGAGCCUCCAGAAGCAAACCAAGGAGACCAAGUACAGCAGUGUGAUGCAGCUCCUUCGCUUGGCUCUCAGUGGGAAGCAGCAUGGACCCAGCGUGGCCGAGAUGAUGGUGACCCUGGGAGCCAAGGAGGUGUGUGGGCGAAUCCUCCAGGCUCUGUCCAGCUGA